AUAUUCCUUGAGGAAAUUACGCUCGAAAGAUAUAUCACUUUUAAUUAUUGGAGCGGUUUGAUAGUUUAUAGAACUUUUCGCAAAGAGUUUUAAAUGUGAAUGUCUUUGAUAAAAUGUUUUUGUCUGUGUGUCGUUAAUAAGCACUGGAGCACGACAACGACAGUCACUUAGAGGUGUACCCUCUAGAUCUUGAAAAAGGAAGUGUAUAUCUUACAGAACUACCGUGUUACGGUAGAUCCAGAAUUGAAGUUGUUGUUUUUUUCACCACGCAGGAUUAACUAGUCUAUAACUGACGUGAUUCAUACCUGUGAUAACAUGGAAUUUAAACACAACCCUGGAUGAUUUUGGUUUUUCGAGGAAUUCUUCAAAUACGUCCUAGGUGAAGGGAAAUCAAUUCUGCCAACACCUCGGAUUGGAAUUUAACAACAAAUGAACUGAACAGAAGUCAAGGUCAGAGGUCAAGAUACCGAGUCCUAAGCUUACUACACGAAGGGAAACGGUCAGGUAGGAUCACCGUGGAUCUCAACAUACAAACUUAAGAGUAUGCUACAUCGCUUUCUGUCAUGUGACAAACAAUGCUGUGCCCCUGCACACGCUGCUAGGGUAAUGGUCGUUGGCGUACUUUCUGAUGGAGAAGUCGCCAUUUCAGCUAUGAAUGAUGAAUGAUAUACCGGAUCUGAUCACCGUCGCCAAAAAUGGAAAUUUACAGGAGGUAGAAAGCUUGUUGAGACAAAACUAUUCUGUGCAUAUUCGUGGCAAAGACGACGAGACCGCCCUCUACUGGAGCUCAUGUCGCGGUCAUGUGCAGAUCUGUAAGGCGCUCCUUGACAGCGGAAGUGACGUCAAUGCGCGUGUAGCGUGGGGAUCCACGGCGUUACACGCAGCAACUGACCGGGGCCACCUUCAAUGUGUAGAUCUCCUUAUCAGACGUGGUGCCAAUGUUAACAUUCAGAACAAGCGAGGAGACACGGCACUACAUGUGGCAGCCUACCGAGGCCACAUCGAGAUAGUCCGACUUCUAGUUCGGGCACGACCGGACCUCUUCGUAAAAAACGACAAAGGCCGAACAGCGGCGGACGAAGCAGAAGGCAACAGCCAUCAAAAAACGUCAACGUAUCUAUAUCAGCAGAUGCUCCCCUUCAACCGGAAUCCUUUCUCCGACUACAACCACACGCUACCUUCAUCAGAUAACGCACAAGCUUUACCACAACGGUCAGUUCGACCAGGCCGCAAAAGCCAAGACGGAAACAAUAUUCAAGGACACUUUUAUGCCAGUCUCGGCAGUAUUCCAUCUCAGUGCCAACAUCAAGGUCAAUCGAACGGGUCUAUGGCACAUUCGACAGCUCACCAGUAUACUGAUGAUGCGUCGUGUGUGUCUUUCCCCGGGGCUUCUUCUGAAAAGGGGAAAGUUUCGGACAGUAACUUCCUCAGAUAUCGGGAUGACCUUACAGGAUUCCGAAGGAGAACAGAACCCGAGGAAAGCAUGGACGAAGAAGGAGCUGGAAAUGUGGGGAACAAAGAAAACAGUCGGACCAAACUCUGCAGACGCGAGUCCAUUAACGGUCACCAUGACAACAGUCAUGUUGAGGUAGCAAUGCGACAUAAAGGUCCAAAGAUAGCACGUGAAGGAAGUGACAGGGGACAAAGCGAUGAAUGUACAGCAAAUGUCUUGUCGGAGUUUCAACCUUGUAAUCCUCCAGUUUUCUUUGAUGAUAAUUCAAAUGGUGGUCUACCAUUACUAGGUUCGUAUGAAGAUGUGCACAUGCCCCGUCAGGGCCUAGUUGCUUCCGUUAGACCUUCGCGAAUUUCCGUAGGUUGUGUGAGAGAAGUAUCGGGAUGCAUACAUAAUGAAUCCAUUGAGAAUUUCUCAGAAUCAUUACAGAUGGAGUUAUUCAAAAAACAGGAAAUUGUGGAAAAUUUGCAAAAAGAAAAUGCAAAUUUAAAAAAUCAACUAACAGCGAUGAAAAAACAGUUUCUUCAGUUUUCUAGUGUAUUCCAAAAACUAAAACAUGAAAAUGUUCAACUACGAACAUCUCAGGAAGAAAGGACUAGAAAUACACAAAAAAGUAAUCAAUCUACCUCACAACUUACCCUCGACGGAUUUAAAGACUUUCUGGAUAAAAUAAACCGACGAGGAAGCGCAUAUUCCCAAAGUGACCAAAUGUUUUUAAUACUGAAGGAAAGUUUGCAUUCUCAUUGGUUAAAAUAUGUUCCGCCUAGUCAUUUAGAUGUGCCAAAUAAGGAAUGGGUGCUAGGAAAGGACUUCACUCUGGUUAGUGAGAAGCCAAUAAAUCAGAGGAUAGAUGGUCAUAACGACGGGUCCUGUUCCCUUGUGUUCAAAAUAAUACACAAAGGUCAGCUCCGGAUACUCAAGAUGGUGAUAAAUGUCUCCAGUACGGAUACCAGCUGCCGUGGCCAUGGUUACAGGACGGGUAAUUUCCUGGCCGACAGCCUUGGUAUGGAACAAGCGCUGCCGGUGGCAUUAAACGAGCACGUGAACAUUAUCAAGGUCAGACACACUUUUACUGGAACAACUGCUAGUUUCCAAAAAUAUCUCUGCCAAUUCUGUCCGUCAGAGUUUAAUAUUCCUGUAGAAACGGCAAUUCGAACUAGAUGUAUUGUGUUUGACCACUUCACAGAAUCUUUGAAAUCCCUCAAUGACCAUUUCCGGUCAAAUUCGUCGGAGCCCCGAUUUGGCCUUGACACGACGUUUGUUCUACAGCUGUUGUACCAAGUUCUCUCUGCCGUAUACUACAUUCAGAAAAACGGCAUCAUCCAUCGUGACAUCAAAGCGGAAAAUGUGUUCCUUGACAACUGUUUGAGGCCAGUGUUGGCAAACUUUGGAAUGGCGCGUAAAAUUGAAGGCACAGACUCAUCCAUGUAUUUUACAAAUAGUAGAGAAGUAUUUGCAGGAAAUGCGCAUGCAUGGGCACCGGAACUUACAAGAUGGAAUCGGGAUGGCCCACCGCGAAAUAUGAAUGAAAGGGUGUCGCUGGAGGAAAUUUACAGUAAGUGCGACGCUUAUGCCGUCAGUAGGAUGUUUUAUAGUCUUCUGCAUCCGUCAUCAGAGGACAACACCUUUCCACAAUCAUCACGUGACCGGCCUCAUUACGAGAAUUCGGAAAUACCCGAGCUGCCAUCUUUCUACCCAGCAGGUCUAAGGUUCGUUCUUAGGAACCAAGUCUUAGAUGACCCACUGGACAGGAUGACUGACCGCAGAGCUAUGCUCUACGUUGGGAUGUUGAUGUUUCCUCCUAGUACCGGAGAGGUCACCAUGGAAACGCAAACAGCACGGUACUGCCAAGCUAGGAUUUUAAAGCUUCUUUCGAUGGAUAAUAGUGCAAGGCGAACUGACGUGUAUUCUGGACCACGCCUGACGAUGUUGGAAAGCGUUGACAGACUAAGGCCGGAACUAGAAGCUGACUUCCUGCACAAAAUCACACCUGAGGAAUUCUGGGAAAUCUACCAGGACUUGAAACAACGCGAUUACUUAUCUACAUGACUUAUCAAACAGAUAACCUGGAUUUAUAUUAUUGAUAGCCCGUCUGUCUGUCCUUGUCAUAAGGAGACUGCAUUUUCUGCGUUUAUAAAUCAUGUUUAAAUAAUCGGUUCACGAAUGAGCAUUUAAGUAUCAGUGAAGUAUAUUUUCUUGAUUACCCGAAAGUGACGUUUGACGAGAGAUUCACAUCAGUAUCCAAUAACGACGGAUUUAACUAGAUCACCAAGAACAGGAUGUGAGAGAUUUAUAAAUAUUGACAACAGACAGCAGUGUGUUAUUGAUGGAUUGUGACCUUCCCUCUACAGACGCACAGACCAUCACUUGCUAUUUUGCUUUGGCCUAUGCUACAUGAUUAUCACAAUGAUAUAUGUACGAUUAGAUAAGUAGUGUUUCCUUAGACUGAGGUGCUUCGCGGACGUCUGCCUCGGAUAUCACUCAUUCAUAUUAUUCCGACACUAUCUGUUGCUUUAAAAAAUUCUCCUCACUGAUACCACAAGCGUCAUUUUGGAGAUUGGCGUUCUGUGCGUCGUCUUGCACAACAGAAGUCAGGCGUGCCUGAAGCACGAUUCCCCAGGAGGUAGAUAAAACGACAUGGCUAUUCUGAAACAUCAUUUAAAUGAACUGUGCUCAAAUCAGGAUCAAUUAUACUACCAGCCCAACACAUAAAACCAAAGAGAAGCCUUGAAAUAGUGUCCUGUAUGUAUGCUUUCCACAUACAAAGCAUACCGGUAGCUGUAUUUUGGGCUCCUUCAGAAAGUAGAGAUAUACAAAUGUGCGCAAGGUACAUGUUUGACAGUAAACGCAGAACACAGACACAUGUUGCAAAAUGUCUCACUGGCUUGGUACCGAGCCUGUAAGAACGUUGAAGGAAGGAAAUGUCAGAUAUAUACCUCUUUUUCCUGGAAUAUUUCGACAACCAUUUACACAAAAAAAAAGAGAAAAAAAUACUGUGAAGAUCACAUUUCCCCGAAUAUCACUUAACAUGUAUACCACUGUCGACGGAAACAUUAACUUCAGUGCCAAUCUGACUGGAGGGGAUCAGGAUAAGAUUAUCGUAACAAUGCAUUGCUUUAUACAUAUACAGAACAAAUGGACAGACUUUUAAUGAGGCAUUCGUGUUUUGUACAGUUGAGGAUGUUUUACACUAAGGCCAUUACACAAUCCCUGUGUGUCGACGCCCAUUCAUCUUUCUGUGAUAUAACAGACACUUGUGACAAUUCUUAUACGUGAACAUUUUUACAUUAUUGUGCUAACACUGCAGAAGACAUGUCACUAUGUCACUAAUUCAUAACUGCCCCUGUGAAUUAUAUGAUGUCAUCCGAUAUAAUGUGUGGAUGAUUUGCCAUUUGGUGACGUCAUCAUAUUAAAUGAUUUGUAUGUGUGCUCGUCAUCCGAUACAAUGUGUGUAUGAUUUACCUUGCGAUGACGUCAUCAUAUUUGAUGUUUUGUGUGUGUGCUCGUCAUCCGAUACAAUGUGUGUAUGAUUUACCUUGCGAUGACGUCAUCAUAUUUGAUGUUUUGUAUGUGUGCUCGUCAUCCGAUACAAUGUGUGUAUGAUUUACCCUGCGAUGACGUCAUCAUAUUUGAUGUUUUGUAUGUGUGCUAGUCAUCCGAUACAAUGUGUGUAUGAUUUACCAUGCGGUGACGUCAUCAUAUAUGUUUUGUAUGUGUGCUCGCAUAAUAUAUAUCAUUGUAACGGUUAUACCACGUUAUUUCAAGUGUUGUGUACCUGAAAUACGAUGUUAUUUUACGUCUUUGCCUGCUUAAUCCAUGACGUCAUCAAAUGCUAUGUUAUUUUAUGUGUGUUCAAUGAUGAUAUGACGUCAUGUUUACUUUGUUUUAUGACGUCAUGUCACACCAUGUUGUAUGCCGUCACCAUUUGUCUUACGCCUGACCUAGAUCUUUGAUAUCGUGUUAUGUAGUUCGUCUGUUUGCUUUGAUUAUGAUUAUGUUGACAUGAACCAAUAUAGAUAAAAAGUUCCAUUUUCUGUCUUAUAAAUGGUUUUCAUUUCAUAAAAACAUCAAGAAUAUAAAAUUUUUAAAAGUUUUCAUCCAAUGAACUUUUGGCUAGUGAUGCAGAUACAUUGGUUUUUUCACCUCAUGUACUUUAUACUCAUAGCCAAAAUGAAUACAUAUGUUGAAAAUAUUACAUUAUCCGCGAAAGUUUAUAGGACAUAUGUAUUCCACUUUUAUGUUACUUACAUGUUUAUAAUGGUUACUUUGUCAACGCCAAAGGAAAUCCAGUCACUAUAGAAACAGUUGUCAACGGAUUAAAAUAUAUUCUCAUUUA